CAGCCAGCAGCCGCGCGGCGCCACUGCCUUGCCCUCAACCCCUCACCCAAACGCCUCGCUUUGGCCGCCCCCCACAAGGCCACUCACCCAAAAAAUCUCCACUCCUCGACCGCACCGAGCAGAGGAUCACAUGGCAUCCGCCGUUUCGCUUCUCCUCUCGCCCCCGCGCCUGCUCCACCGCGACGGCACAUCCCGCCUCCUCAGCAUCCCGCACCGGCGGGUCCUCCUCGCCGCCCCCAACAACGCGACCCCUCGUCGGCUCCUGGCCCCCGCGCCGCGCGCCUCCAACAAAAACGACAACAGCGGGGCCGUGGAGGCGCCCGACCGCCUCGUGGCCGCGGUCGCCUACCUAUACCCGUUCCUCGACGGCGCGCACCACGGGCGCUUCCUUCUCACGCAGUUCCCCUUCUUCGGCGCGCUGCUCCGCCCGCUGGCCCCCGCGGCUCGGCUCUUCCACUCAUCGCCGCUCACGCCCUUCCUCCUCUUCCUCACGCUCUACUUCGCCGUUGUGCGGAACCAGCAGGCGUUCUCCCGCUUCGUCCGCUUCAACGCGAUGCAGGCCGUCGUGCUCGACGUGCUGCUCAUCUUUCCCGACCUGCUCGCGCAGUCGUUCGCGCCCUCCGGUGGGGUUGGGUUCGAGAUCUUCCAGAGCAUGGAGAGCACGGUCUUCCUCUUCCUGCUCGUCUCCUUGGUGUACGGCGGUGGCGCCUGCCUGCUCGGGAAGACACCACGUCUGCCCAUUGUCGCAGAUGCAGCGGAGCGCCAGGUGAUGUGACUACAAUUCGUUUCCUGCGGACCAUGUUGAUGGAAAGGGAAUCUGAUGAUAUGCAGAAAACAUCCCAAUGGUUCGUUGGCGCUUGCAGCAAAUCACAAGCUUAGUAUAAUUUACAAUUGCCUUGCUGUUUAUAUAGGUCUAGUUGCCGAUUGAAUGCAUGUACUGUGGAAGGUUGAUACAAAAACGUUGCAAUACUACCAUAUUUGUUGAAUUGACAAAUUUUGAGAGAGCAGUACAUGUACACUGUUUUACAAUCUGAAUUGCAUUUACAAAUGAGGAGGAAUGUCUGAAUUGGGGAGCUUUAUGACUACCCUCCCCUGAGCAGCUUCCUUUGUACCUGAAUGGAGGCUUAGGUCAGUAAUUGUGAUUUCAAUAUAAAUAAGAGCAUUCCA